ACCAACGGCUGCGAUAGGUUGUCACUUUCCCAUUUCCCCUUUUUUGGCAUACACUUCCCAAUUCGAGCUCGCACACACGGAGAGAGAGAGAGAGAUGUGUCACUCGCCGUCGGGAUCACGCGCGACGGCGCGGUCGGGCAGGGUGGAGGAAUUCGCCGACGCGGCAACGGAGGAAGGCGGCGAGUCCAAACUCUCCGCGCUCCUCUACGACGUGUCGCAGCAGGUCCAGGACAGCCUCCAGAGCAUGCUGAAGAUGACGGGCGAGAUCGAGCAGUGCAGUGACGAGAUCGAGGUGGAGAUCGAGCAGGCCAAGGAGGGCGUGGCUGACAAGUACAGGGUGCUCGAGGAGGAGAAGGAAAGGUUCCAGAAGGUGGCCCUCGCGGCGCUCAACAUCCUGAGCGGUGGCAUCUGAAGCCUGCACCACCUUAAUACCAACAAAGACAAUCCUGAUAACUGCCCCGCUCUGUAGAUCACCGUUCAUGUGCAAGCCUAGCAAUGAACCGCCAGUUGUACUCCUCCAUAUGUGACUGUUGCCAAUUGUCAGUUCGUCACAGUGGUAGCCACCAUUCUUUUGCUUGGCCUGUCAGCCACUCGGAUCAAAGUGUGGUGGCAGUAGCAAUAGUAGUACUAGUUUGUUCAGGAUGGCUUUUUCAGUGAAGCAGAGCAUAGCCGUAUAGUUGGCAGUAUGUGCGUUCCUGAUUCUUAUCGGUAGUUGGUAGUAUGUGCGUUCCUGAUUCUUAUCGGUGGUAUGAUAAUACGAAAUUACUGUUAAUUCAGAGAGACUAUGCUGUUA